AUGGAGAUAAGGAUCAAUGAUCUAAACAUUAUAGGUACCGCUACUGCCGAUGGCGUGCAUCAAUUCCUCGGCAUUCCAUACGCACUCCCACCAACCGGGCCACUUCGCUUCUCAUCAUCACUUCCACAUCCCAUACCAUUUGAACAACCAUUCUACGCAACGCGAUACAGUCCCAUGUGUCCACAAACCGCAUCUGGAAGUACAGGCCAACCACCAUUCACUGUCGCAGACGGCGCUGAUAUCAUGGACGAAUCCUCAUGUCUCACACUCAACGUGUUUGCAACGCCUGAUGAACGUACAGAUAAACCAGUGCUGGUGUUUAUACAUGGUGGUGGAUUUGUGAAUGGGAGUGCGAGUGUGGUGUGCUAUGAUGGUGGUGGGCUUGUGACGGCUGCUGCUUCUAGAGGCGAACCAUGUAUACUUGUGACGAUACAGUACCGAGUAGGUGUACUAGGUUUUCUCUCAUCACGAGAAAUCGGGAGAGGGAAUUUCGGGAUUGAGGAUUGUGCCUGUGCGUUACGCUGGGUGCAGCAACACAUACACGCUUUUGGAGGUGACGCAUCCAAAGUAUGCUGCUUUGGACAAUCAAGCGGUGCCGCAACAGUGGCCUUCCUAAUGACUUGCUACCCGAACGAACGAUUAUUCUCCACCGCGAUAUGUCAAUCUGGAGUUGCAUCUAUCGGACUCGCGGAUGCCGGGUAUAUGCAGGACGUGUUUGAUAUGGUGUGUGAUUUCACCGAAUGUCCUCUUGGUGUCUCUGGAGAGGAGAAAUUGAAGCAUCUGCAGUCUGUGCCACAAGAUGUACUCAUGCAAGCUGUAGAAGCUCUCGGACAAAUCUUCUUCUCGCCAAUUUUUGACGGUGUGAUUGUCAAAGAGUCGCCGCAGGCAGCACUUGUGAGGGGUGAUGUGCCACAACAUGUAAAAGCAGUCAUGGUUGGGUAUAAUGAACAUGAGGGAGCGAGUAUUUCUGGGGCGUUCAAGACGAGGGGGUUGGUGAAGCAGUAUAUUGGGAUGCAUUUUAAGGAGGAUAUCAUACAUAAAAUCGAACACCUUUAUAAAGUCAAUGAGGAAGGUAGAGAUCCACGCAAGAUCGUGUCUGAUAUAUGUGGGGAUGCCAUGUUUGCGGUGCCGACGCGGACGACGUGUCGUGGGAUUGCUAAAAGCAGGAGAACAAGGUGUUUUAGUUAUAGGUUUAAUGUGCCGUGCCACGCAAACACUCUAUCUCGGAAACUUGGGUACGUGCCACAUGGAUGGGAGCUGCCGUUCCUGUUUAAUUCUAGUGUGCUGAAUGAUGUGGAGAAGCGGCUUGGUGAGGAUAUGGCUGUUGCGUGGGUGAGGUUUGCGGAGUCUGGAGAUCCGAAUGCUGGUGAGGAUGGCAAGAGUGUUGGAGUUGGAGGUAUUGUGUGGCCAGAGUACAAAGAUGGUUGUAUGGUGUUUGAGUUGACGAAGCAUCGCGUUGAGGGUGAUGGGGUUUGGAGAGGAGAGUAUAUGAGGUUUUAUGAGGCCAAGAUGUGA